UCCCUCGCCCCACCCAGAGCCUGGCCCUUCUUAGCAAAUGGAAUAAGGAGUCCGAAGAGUGUGUGUAUGGGGUCUGGAUGGUCUUUCCAAGUCUCAGAUGCAGUUAAGCCAGUCACUCCAUCCAACCCACUAGGAGUUGCAAAGAGAAAAUUUGUUCAACAGAAGCCAAGUCAAAUACUGUCAUACCCCUUCUGACGUGGCAGGUGUCCCUCCGGAGCACCAAAAACGAACAAACAAAAAAACCAAAAUCCCCCCAAAACAUCAGCCCUUCAGCGCCGGGGAGUGCCACGCCUUGCCUAGCAUUGGGCAUCUCGCCGCAUUCCAAGCGUGGAUGCUGCAUAGAUAAAAAAAGAUUCCCCCACCCCCCAAAAGACCCACAGCUGACUUUUCUCGGAAACUCGAGUCCCACGUGCAGCGGAAGCAUGUUAAGUGUCAACAGCAGAAACUAGGACUCCGCCCAGACAAUAACACUUGCGGCCGUCAGCGAGCGCGCUCCCGAGAAAGGACGCGGUGCCCCCGCCGAUCGCCGGUUUCAGGAGGCCUGAACCCUCAGGCGAUCCCUUUCCGGGCUCCGCGAGCCGCAGCCACAGCGCAUGCAAGGGAGAGGGGACGCCAUCUGCCCCUCGCAGGACUCGCGAAAGACGCCGCACGAAGAAAACCCGAGACCUUGGCACUACGAUUAAGAAGGCAGAUUGCCGGACAGCCGCGCGCUCGAGGACCCCGGCGGCGGCGCGGCCCGGCGGGAAGGGGGAAGUUUCAAAGCAGAGAAAGGGGAGUUGGUGGCGGGAGCUUGGGCUAAAUGAAGCUGUAUUGCGAAGUAGAGGUGAUCAGUCGGCACUUGCCGGCCUUGGGGCUGAGGAACCGUGGCAAGGGAGUUCGGGCCGUGUUGAGCCUCUGUCAGCAGGCGCCCAGGACUCAGCCGCGGCCCCGGGCGGGGGGCGAGCGAGGCGGCCCGCACCCCGCCUGCCUGUUCAUUUCCACCCUGAAGGACAAGCGCGGGACCCGCUAUGAGCUAAAGGAGAAUAUUGAGCAAUUCUUCACCAAAUUUGUGGAUGAGGGGAAGGCCACUGUUCGGUUAAAGGAGCCUCCUGUGGAUAUCUGUCUAAGCAAGGCCAAUUCCAGCAGCUUAAAGGGUUUCCUGUCAGCUGUGAGACUGGCUCAUAGAGGCUGUGAUGUUGCAGUGCCGCUUUCAACUCUCACACCAGUGAAGACUUCAGAAUUUGAAAAAUUUAAAACUAAAAUGGUUAUCACAUCCAAAAAGGACUAUCCUCUAAGCAAGAAUUUCCCAUAUUCUUUGGAACACCUUCAGACUUCUUAUUGUGGGCUUGUCCGAGUUGAUAUGCGUAUGCUUUGCUUAAAAAACCUUAAAAAAUUAGACUUGAGUCAUAACCAUAUAAAAAAGCUUCCAGCUACAAUUGGAGACCUCAUACACCUUCAAGAUCUUAACCUGAAUGACAAUCACUUGGAGACGUUUAGUGUCGCCUUGUGUCAGUCUACACUGCAGAAGUCACUUCGGAGUUUGGAUCUCAGCAAGAACAAAAUUAAGGCACUCCCCGUGCAGUUUUGCCAAUUCCAAGAACUUACAGAUUUAAAACUUGAUGAUAAUGAAUUGAUUCGACUUCCUUUCAAGAUGGGACAACUGAGAAACCUGCGUUUUUUGUCUGCAGCUCGAAAUAAGCUUCCAUUUUUGCCUAGUGAAUUUAAAAAUUUAUCUCUUGAGUACUUGGAUCUUUUUGGAAAUACUUUUGAACCACCAAAAGUCCUUCCAGUUAUAAAGCUGCAAGUGCCAUUAACUUUAUUGGAAUCUUCCGCACGAACGAUUUUAUAUAAUAGGAUUCCAUAUGGCUCUCAUAUCAUCCCUUUCCAUCUUUGCCAAGAUUUGGAUACUGCAAAAACCUGUGUCUGUGGAAAAUUCUGUCUAAGCUGUUUUAUUCAAGGAACUACUACCAUGAAUCUACACUCUGUUGCUCACACGGUGGUCUUAGUGGAUAAUAUGGGUGGCACUGAAGCACCUGUUAUCUCAUACUUCUGUUCUCUAGCCUGUUAUGUAAACUCCUGUGAUAUGUUAAAGUAAUAAGUGAUACCAUAAAAGAAACUCAGUUUACAGACCAGUUUGGGACUCAUUUAUGGUUUAAAUGUCAAAUUGGAGAAAAGAUACUUUUUGUGAGGUUGUUUUUUUUUUCUUUUUAUAUACUUGCUUGAGGGGAAGAAUGUGUAUUAGUCUAUUUGUGAUCAUUUGACUGUAAAAUCUUAAUUUCAUUAAAACCUAUUUAACUUUAUUAUGGCAUUAAUUUGGGGGGGGGGUUGUUUUGGCAAAGCCUGUGGCAUGUGGAAGUUCCCAGGCCAGGAAUCGAACCCACGCUACAGCAGCAACCUGAGCCAAUACAAUGACAAACCCAGCUCCCUUAACCUGAUGUACCCCUAGGAAACUCCUGUAAUUUGACUUUUAUCAGUUUAUUGCACUUGUGUUGAUUUCAGCCUGGUGUUUCCAGAAUGAGUUGUGGGAGUAUCUUUUGUCUUUUUCUAGGGCCACACCCAAGGCAUAUGGAGGUUCCCAGGCUAGGGGUCUAAUCGGAGCUGUAGCCACUGGCCUACGCCAGAGCCACAGCAACUUGGGAUCUGAGUCUCGUCUGCGACCUGCACCACAGCUCACAGCAACGCUGGAGCCUUAACUCACUGAGCAAAGCCAUGGAUCAAACCUACCACCUCAUGGUUCCUAGUCAGAUUCGCUAACCACUGAGCCACGACAGGAACGCCAAUGAGUUGUGGAGUUAUCUUUUAAUGUUAAACAGAUAUUGAUCCCAACUACUCUGGUCAGAGAAUUUUCUUAUCAACUUUCUUCUUGCAUUUUGAUUAAAGAAAUUGAGUUUCUGUAUGCAGAAAAUAAAACUUGGAUUAUCAUAGUCUAUAGUGAAAAUUUGAUACGCAACUACAUUUAAGUUUUUAAGCACUUCUGUGUUUUUCAGAUAUAUUAUUGCUUAUAUGGAAUAGUAUAUUCACCAAACAUAGGUUAGGAAUUGCUUUGGACAGACUUGUUUCUACAGGUUUUAUAUUAAUCAUGUAAUCUUUGUUGUAAUUUCUAAGUUUUUUAAUUUUUAGGGUUGGAACAAGGUUUGGGGUUUGUGUGGGAGUAGCAGGAAGUUGCUACUUUUAACUAUGUUCUGUAUUCUGUAAAGGGCUCUUUUUUUAUUAUUUUAGUCGCGUAAUAUUAAAUUUCAAUGAAAAAAUUAAUGGCAGUGUACCAGCUAAAGGAUGAUGAGAAUUUGAACUAGGGCAGAAGAAGUAUAUAAAAGGAACCUACAGAAUAAUGUAAAUCAACUCUAAUAGAAAAAAUAAAAACCUAAAAAAAAAUUGGGAGGAGUUCCUGUCGUGGUACAGUGGCUAACGAAUCUGACUAGGAACCAUGAGGUUGCAGGUUUGAUCCCUGACCUUGCUCAGUGGGUUAAGGAUCCAGCAUUGCCUUGAGCUGUGGUGUAGGUCACAGACACAGCUCGGAUCCCAAGUUGCUGUGGCUCUGGCGUAGGCCAGUGGCUACAGCUCCGAUUAGACCCCUAGCCUGGGAACCUCCAUAUGCCGAGGGAGCGGCCCUAGAAAAGGCAAAAAAAAAGACAAAAAAUAAAAAUAAAAGGAACCAACUUGAAAGAAUCUUGAAAAAUGAAAGCAGAACUGUUCCAUUCUUAUUAUCACUGUUCUUCAAAUCAGCCUCCCUCCUAGAUAAUUGCAGUAGUGUCAAAACUGGUUUCGGGCAACAAAGGAAAGAUUAAAAGUAAUUGGAGAAAAUCCUCUCCAUUAACCCAGAUCAGAGAUUUUAAGCCCAGGCCUUAUACUGCCUUCUAGUUGACUCACUUCUGGCUUUGAAAAUCAGCAAUUCUGUAAAUGAGUAAAGUAUCUUAAAGUUUUUUUCUUUAUUUUUAUGGCAGCACCUGCAGCAUAUACAAGUUUCCUGGGCCAGGGGCUGAAUGCUAGCCAAAGCUGGGCUGGGACCUACGCUGCAGUUCUGGUAAUGCUGGAUCCUUUAACCCACUGCGUUGGGCAGGCUGUUGAUUGAACCCUUGCCUCUGCAGCUGCCAGAGCCGCUGCAGUCAGAUUCUUAACCCAGUGUGCCAGGGCGGGAACUUCCUAAGAUUUUCUAAACGCAUAAACUGAUGAGAUAUUGCCCAUAAAUAUUAUAAAAUGCCCAUAUUAAAAUGUGGUUCUUUUCAAAAUGGUUUUAUGGUAUAUUUAAGAGUAAAUUAGUACACACUUGAUUUUCAUAUGUUCCUGUAGAAAGACUAUUUCUUCAUCAAUAAAGGCAGAUGUUAAUAGCCUA